AACACACACCGAUAUCUUUAUCGGAUAUUUUUAUCAACACACAGUAAGAUUUGUGUGCUAUCUGAUAAUUUGAUGGAACAUGAAUAAACGCGAAUGAUCAAUACAAAUGUAAAUGGGACGACAUUCAAGCCGUUACACAGGCUGUACUUCCGUUACAGGAAUAGAUUAACCUGUAUCUAAAUAGUUUGUAAUGGAAUCGUCUAUCCACAAUGCCAUCAAACCCAAGAAGAUUCCUGUUUAUGGACAUACCAUUCAUAAUAAUACAGUCAGUAGCAAUAUUCUUUCACUUUUUCGGUGCUGAAAUGAAAUCACUAGUAUGUGGACUAACGCGACCAAAACGAAGAAGACGAAGAACACUAUUUUAUGUGUUGGCCGGUGUAUGUGGAAUUUAUUUUCUAUCAAUAAUAACAGUAGAUCCACGAUAUACAUUUACGAACACUAACACCCACAGUGCAUGUAUUCUUCCCGAUCUCAAUCCUUGGGACAAAUCCAUUCUUCAGUUUGACUGGCAUCCAGAACCACUUGCCUGUGAUCCUACCACAUCCAUAGUUUUCAUAGAUUCUAUGGGUAGACUCCAGUUCAACAAAUCAGCUAUAAAGGAACAACUUAUUGACAAACUGUCUUGUAAAUACAGUGAAAUCAUCCGUCCACGCCUCGACGACGAUUACAUUAGAUUGUCGACAGAAAGAGAAUUGACAGAACCAGUUACAAUCAAAUCAGACUUCGUUCAAGUUAAAUGUACCGGCAAUAAUAAGCUAUUAUUUGAUAAAAUUUUGCUUCAAGCUAGUAUUUUCCACAAUGAAAGGGAAAUAUUACCAGAAAGCGGGAACCAGUACAGUGUCUUCAUGUUUGGCGUUGACGCUGUGUCACGCUUGGCUGGCAUUAGAAAAAUUCCAUUAACUUACAAAUAUCUUAAGGAAGAACUUCAUGCUUUGGAAUUUAAAGGGCACAUGAAAACAGGAGACAAUACAUUUCCGAAUUUAAUCUCGAUUUUAACAGGAAAGGAACCGUUUUCAUCAGAGUUACCACCAGUGAAUGGCCCAUUUGAUACUUAUCCGUUUCUAUGGAACAAUUUUUCACAAACUUCAUACGCAACAUACUUUAGCGAAGACAGUCCUGAAAUGCAUACCUUCAAUUUGGGAAAGAAAGGUUUCAAAAAACAGCCAACAAAUCACUAUAUGCGCCCAUUUUGGCGUGCAGUAAAGAAAACUGAUUUAGUAUCAACACUUCUCGACGACGCUUUUAUUGGUCUAGAAGCCAAUAAAAUAAAUGUUCGCAAAAAGUCCUCACUCUGUUAUGGAAAUACUCCGAAACACAUGUUAACAGUGCAGUUUCACAAAGAUUUUAUUCAGAAAUAUAACAAAAAACGUAGAUUUUCUUUGUCUUGGUUGAACAGUUUAAGUCAUAACUAUGUAAAUUUUCUAGAGCUGGGAGACAACGACUUUAAGGAUUUCAUGAAAUGGAUACAUACCGAAGGACAUUUAGAAAAUGCAUUUCUACUCUUCAUGAGCGACCACGGCUCGAGAAUCGAUGCGAUCAGGAAUACCUAUGUUGGUCGUAUUGAGGAACGAAUGCCUUUGUUGUUAAUGGUUCCUCCUAACUCUCUUAAACGAAAAUCUCCAAAAACUUAUGAAAAUCUGAAAGAAAACACACAAAAAUUAACUUCUCAUUAUGAUAUUUAUAAAACUCUUGUGGACAUUCUGAAGAACAAUAUUCCGUCGAAUGAAGCUUCGAAGUCAAGAGGGAUUAGUUUGCUCACAAAAAUUCCGAACGACAGGAGUUGUUCUGACGCAGGUGUGCCGGAAGAGUAUUGUUCUUGUUAUAGCCCUCUACCGAUAUCAGUAAAUACUCCUAAAGUUGAAAAACUUAGCAAGUUCGUCGUGGAUCAAAUAAACCUUCUUUUGAAGCCAGAAGGUGACAAAUGUGCCAUUUUAAACAUUAAAAAGGUUAAAGAUGCUCAAGAAAUUUCACUUGGUUUGAAACAUACUGGGGAUGUAGAAUUCUUCUCUAUAUGGAAAUACUUUAAAGAACCAGAAAAGGAGAAAGAAUUACGAUAUCUAAUAUUAAUUCAAACAACACCUGGCGAUGGGUUGUUUGAAGCUACUGUGAAAGUGGACAGUGAAGAAAAUAUUAGUUUAUUUGGUGUUCCGAGUCGGACUAACAAAUACGGUGACCAAUCAGCUUGCAUAUCUGACCAUAUAAGGAGAAAUUUCUGUUACUGUAACAACUUAUAAAAUCCUUAAGUCU